UGGGUGGACGGAAAGUCCCCGUGUGGAAAUCCCCUUUGACUUGGACUUUUUCCUUGUUUUAAAAAAACUAUCAUUAUCGUACGUGUGUAUUCUUUUGAAAGGCUUCGCAGGCUGCGAGGGCUCCAAAAUAGAUCUGAUACUGAAAGAAAGAGAAGGUUGAAUGGCGCCGAGGACCGCUGCGGUGAGGCUGAGUGAAGUGGCUGAGAGAGGACUAGCCUGAGCAUCCGGAAGGCUUUGUUAUUACCCCGACAUAUUACACAGUUUCCACGUUGAUCCGGCAUCGCUGGUUGGUGCCUCCUCCUCCUCCUCCUCUCCUCCUUGCUCCUCUUCCUCCCCUCCUUCCAUCCGCCUGGCCAGCCAGCUGCCAUGUCGCAGGGUCAGAACUUCCUCCCCAAAUUUCUGUUUGUCUCCAACCUGCUCAAGGCAGUGAAGAUCCGACAGCGAGUGCCUAACGAUGUGGUGAAGCCUACUGCCAGCAGUGGCCGCAUGCACUACUUGCGGGGUAUGCACCGUUACACGCUGGAGAUGAUCGCCAUGAACCACUUCCCCCAGGCCUUCAGGGAGGUGGUGCAGGCCGCCAUCCUGGACCGAGCCAUGCAGGCCUCAUUAGAGAAGGAGAAGAAACUCAACUGGUGUGGGGAGUUGAAGAAGAUGGUGCCCUUACGCACCAAUGGAGACGGGAACUGUUUGCUUCAUGCAGCCUCUCAGUACAUGCUGGGUGUUCAGGACACAGACCUGGUUCUUCGGAAAGCUCUCCAUGGUGUUUUGAAAGAGACUGACACGGGCGUCUUCAAAGCUCGCUUCCAGGCAGAGCUGCUCCAAUCCCAGGAGUUCACCCAGACUGGACUCCGAUAUACCACCAUGAACUGGGAGGAUGAGUGGGAAAAGAUCGUGAAGAUGGCAUCUCCGGUCUCCAGCAGCAAUGGCCUCCAGUUUGACUCUUUGGAGGACAUCCACAUUUUCAUCCUCUCCAACAUUCUCCGGAGACCCAUCAUCGUCAUUGCAGACCAGGUGGUCAGGAGUAUGAAAUCUGGCUCCUCUAUCUCUCCUCUGAAUGUGGGUGGGAUUUAUCUGCCUCUACACUGGCCGCCCACAGAGUGCUACAAAUACCCAAUAGUGCUCGGCUACGACUCCCAGCACUUUGCACCCCUCAUCACCAUCAAAGACAGUGGUCCAGAGAUUCGAGCAGUACCGCUGAUCAACCCAAGGCGGAAUAGCUUUGAGGAACUGAAGGUUCAUUUUCUGAUGGAGAAGGAGCAGCAGCAGAAGGAGAGGCUACUCAAAGAGUACCUGCACCUUGUGGAGAUCCCUUUCAGAUUGGGCCAUGACAUUACGCACAUUAUGAAAGCCGCAAGGUUGGAUGAGGGCAACCUUCCUGAAGACAUGAACCUGAUGGAGGACUACUUACAACUUGUCAACCAUGAGUACCAGCGCUGGCAAGAGGACAAGGAGCAGGCAUGGGCUGCCCAGCCACAGCGCCCACCACCCUUCUCCGUCUCCCAGCUCUCCCUUAUUGAGAUCCGCUGUGCCACACCACGAUGUACCUUCUAUGUCUCUGUGGACACGCAGCCUCAUUGCCAUGAAUGCUUUGAGAAGCGACAGGCCACUACUGGUGGAGGAGCAAGGAUAGAAGGGGUAGUUCAGACUAAGGGAGGAGGUUUGCAAGGUGGGGUAGGAGUCAUAGGGGCAUCAGAGACUGAGGUGAGCUCCAGAGGGGCCAGAAGUAGCAGCCCCCCUUGCUCUUCAUCUGGGAGAGUAGUGUUAUCCAGUCCCCGCUCAGCCCCACCCACCGCUCCCAGCCUCAGCCUAUACAGUGAAACCCAUGCAAUGAAGUGCAAGACACCCGGCUGCCUCUUCACCCUAAGUGUUGAGCAUGAUGGACUUUGUGAGCGCUGCUUCAACUCCAGGCAAAACCACGGACCCCCUGGAGUUGGAACAGCUGCUACAGGACUCCCGGGGCCCAAUGGGCCUGUCGUUCCCCACCCAGCCCAGAGUUCUGGCUGGACCCAGUGGGGGGGCUGUGAGACCGAGACAGAGCGAUGCAACAUGUGUAGAAAGGAGGUGUUGAGGAUAUUCAAUGGGCUGUGUCCACCCUGUAUGCAGAGACAGCAGGAUCCAGACAGGGGAGAGCCACAGCAGAUCAACCCCAGGACUGAGGCCUCAUCUUCAGCUUGGACCCAGGCCAGGGACACUGAGCGGCCAUGCCUCACUCUAACCCCAGGGCACAACUCAGCCUGGCAGACCCCCCCGGGCCGGCAUUGUAAAAGAUCUGGCUGCCAGUUCUUUGGGACACCUGAGAAACUGGGUUUCUGCACUAUUUGCUAUGUAGACUAUCAGACAAAUCACCACCUGACUCCUCCUCCUGCGCAGAGCCGCCAUGGUUUGGAGACAGGCAUCCAGAAUGCCUCACGAAUUAACCAAGUGGCAAAUCGCAUGUCCCCACCUCCGGGCGUGCGUGACCGAGCACCCAAACCCAGAUCUUCGCAGCAAUCCCAGACCCAAACUCAGUGCCGGCGGAGUGGCUGCAGUAAUGUGUCCCCGGGUUGCACAGACUUCUGCCCAGAGUGCCACACGCGUGGUCAGGGCAGAGAGGCAGGAAGACGGGUGCAGGCGCCCAAAGAGAAGUCGAAGCAGCGAUGCCGGACGCAAGGCUGUGACCACUACGCCAACCAAGAGAAACAGGGCUACUGCAACGAGUGUGACCACUUCAAACAGAUUUACCGCGGCUGACCACAUUUAGCACCCAUGCACAUGACAACGAUGACACAUCGCUAGCACGCUAGAGCCGCCGCCCUGCUGUGGGCUCUCCAUGCCAGUCAAUGCACCUCUGAUACUAACUAACCAACUAACUAACUUGCUAGUGACUAACUAGUUACCUUAUGGCCUGAAAAUCAAACCCCCCCAUGUAGAAUGUGAAGAGAGAGUGUGUGUAUGUGGGGGGUGGGGGUGGGGGGUGGGGUUGAGUGUGUGUGUUUUCGCAGUAGACAUGGCCUCCAGAAUACCUCUUUGUGCAAUUAUUAUCAUCUGACGUGCUCUGCGCACUUACACGGUGAGAGGUUUGGCUACAUGUCAGAGCAACUGACUUAACUCUUGUGUACAAAAUGUAUUUAGAGGUACGUAGUGAAUCGUGCCGGACAAAAUGAUUGUAUGUCGACAUAACGAGAAGCAUCUGACAUUGCUUUCUAGACCACAGCCAAGGAUUUAUACCCCCCCCUCCUCCCCCCGUCUGUCUGUCUGUCUUAACCCAUCUGUGUAUCUGUCUGCCUGUCUGUCUAGCAUUUGCUCUGAUGAAUGAGAGAUGCAGUAGUUGGGUUUGCCCAACAGCAAAUCUCUGAAAAUAGCAAGCAGAAGCGAGCAAAACUGGGCCAAAGGAAAGCAAGCAAAGUGCUUGAAAUUAAGUUACAUGGCGUUUACCAUUGUUUUGCUUAAUUCUCCCAAACCACUCAUUUAUGUCCUCACAAACCAGACAAAGAUUUUUCAAAAGGAUUCUCUUGCAGUCAAUAUUGUAAAACGGUCAAAGAUUGAUUUUCUUCCAUUAGCCAGACAAUAGCAGGGUUAGUUUAUAUUUUGAGGCUAAUUAACCUUAUUAUUGUUACAUAUCUGAUGUAAAUUCCUUGAUAUGGAAAGUUUAAAAAAAAAAAAAAAAACUAAUCAUAAACUGUGCAAGACAGACAGGGCUGGCCCCUGCUAGUUUUGGUGCUACAUGUACAGAAAUAUAAGCCUCUCCAUUGUAGCCAACAUGCUGGUGGUUUCAGCGGACAGAAGGCAGAGAACACAGUAGAGACAGGACUCAUUCUCUUUCAAAACCUCCUUUCCUUCCUCUUAUUUCCCUUUUCUCUGAAACAAAUCUGUUGCCUUGGACGUUGUUUUCCUGUUUACUUACCACUUAAGCACCUAGAAACACAUAGACAUGCACACACAUAUCUACACAUGUAUACACAAAAUAUUGUCAGUCCUAUUAAAAGGGGAUUGCCAACUAUAAGGAUAACUGAGAAUAUGAAGACAGGUGAAGUCCGGAUAAUUAGCUUACUACCAUAAUCACACACACACACACACACACACACACACACACACACACACACACACACACACACACACACACACACACACACACACAAAAACACAUAAACAUAGCUUUGUGAGAUUGUAUGCCUCCACCCCAGCCUGAGGUAAUGCGUAGGUAAACAAACCUGUAAAGAAAAGCAUUCCUCUCUGCUCCACCCUACUGGAUGUGCCAAGGCAUCAAUUCCACAACUUCAUAGAGCAAUCCUGUUGCCUACUUUGGCUAAUCUUGUUUAUCUGAAUGUGUUUGUGCUGCUUCUACAGCAGCACAGUAUUGGGGCUGAUCCUCGAUAAGUUUUGCCUUUAAAUAGUGAUUGAAAUUUUAUGGACCAGAGGGGCCUGAUCAGUGAUUCUGGAUCAGUGCUCCCACUUAUAGAAAAAUGCUUUUGUGAAUAUGGAUCUUAGUCCAUACCGUAGGACCUUCUAACCCGAUGCCUCAUCUUCAACAUACUCACACACACAACACAGAUAAAUUGCACGCAUGUGUGCAUCUGGAGUACACAAAACUGACAUUCCUCUUUUUUUUUCUUCUUCUUCUUUCUUUUUUUCUUUUUUUCUUUUUUUUUUUGAAUUUUAAAUGUAUUUUGAUAUCUUUGGUUUUUUUUUCUGCCAAAAGAAAAAGAAAAAAAAAAUGUGCCAUCAAUUGCCAAACAGUUGUUGUUACCUCCUUAAAAACGGCCAGCCUGGAUCAUUCUGAACUAACCAGAGUGCCACAGAUUGACGUCUCCUGUUCUCUGUAAUCACACACUUCAGCUAAUCGAGAUCUCAUGCUGAAAACCCCCUAAUGGACACCAUCGUUCCACGAACAUGUCUUUUAUUCAGAUAUGAUGAAAUGUUUAUCUACAGAGAUGACCUCAAAUGUGGUAGUAACUGGAACCUCAUUCCUCUCUUAUUUCAGCUGUUGGCCAGAUAUCAAUCUGUGGCUCUAGUUAGAAAAGCAUAGACAACCAGGCUCUUGGUCUGCCUUUUCAUUCAACUGUAUCUAAAGCUGUCGGGCCAGCCCACAUGUUGCUGGCCUGGACGUAGAUCUCUGUGUGCUUUAAUCACCUCUAGACAAACCUUAAUCAC